AUGUAUGGUUUGUCAGUCCUGUCACUGUACAGUCUCUACUCCGUUAGUCAUCAACAUCCUGAAGCCUUUAGAUCUAUCACAAAGUCAAUCGUCACACAACUCUCCUUAACCUUUGUGCUGAAACUGCAUGCCAUGUCCAAAGUGAUUUCACUUACUGAAUGUGCUUACACUCAUGGCUCCACCAAGGAGUCAACGACUAGUCCUUCACAUCUCUCCUGUGUUACUUCAUUUGGUGUACCCAAAUAUCAGCAAAAACAAUCUAUAAAGCAGAGAUACAAUCAAGAAUGUGCUCUAGCACCCAAAGUACAGUCACAGACAAAUUCUUAUCAUAAUGAUAUGAGCUUACAUGAUUUGAACAGUCAUAUUAAGAGGGGAAGUGGUGAUGGCUUGACAAUGGAGCUGUUGACAGACCAGCUUGUAACGAACAUUAUGGAUGAGGUGACUGGGAGAUCUGUGGAAGUCCCGGAGCAGCAGGAGCCAGUAGUGCCAACACAAAAAGAUUCUCCUCAGACAGGAGAGUUAGCAGUAGAGGAAGGCAUGGCACUGCGCUUGGCAUUCCUCCAGAGUGCCAGUUUGCGUGCCAUUUGUGCUAUCAUGAACUGCACACGCUAUGCAGAGAUGUUGCUGGUUCCCAAGGCUGCCCAGGAAAAGGAUGGAGGUGAAAAGGGUAGUUCUGUGUCCCUUUUACACGAAGAAGAUGAAAUCCGCACAGCAAUAAGAGUUCUUGUCAGACAUCUGGUUUCUGCUUGUACAUUAGCUCAGCCACUUAAGAGGCAAGUGAGUGUGGCUGAAGUGGAGCGAUCGCACCUGGUUCUUCAUAGCAUGUGCAUGAGAGCCUGGGCAGAAGACAGCCUGAGUGUUGCAGACACCCAUUCUCGCAUCAUGGCUCUGACAGCAAAUGAAGAAAGAGCUACAGAUCAGAUUGUGGAGGCGACAGAACGGCCACAGAGUAUCUCACUGAACUUCCUACGACAGGAACAGAUGUGA